GCGGCGGACGUCGUGGUGGACGUGGAGUCGAUGUCGGGGAGAGUGCGCAACGUGACGCUGGCGAACUGCACUUUUGUGAGUGGCGCGAGCCUGUACGUUGUUGGGUGGCGGUCCGACCCGCCUGCUGGCGAGCGUGCCGAUGUUUUGAUCAGCGGGCUUGAGUCGCGCUCCGGUGGCGGCGUGCUGGUGGCGAACCGAUACCCGCCGGGCUCGCGCGUCACUGUGGUGGACUCGGUGCUGAUCGCAGAGAGGCGUGUUGCGUACCGUAACGCCUACGGCCUUGGCGACGCCUCCGCGUGCCUCGUGGUGCACAAAGUGAAUCUGACUGGGAGUGUGCUGACCAUUGCGCGCACGCACAUGCUGGCGGUGUUCCGUGAGGCUGUUGGCGUGCUUGUGGUUGGCGGCGUGGCGCUGUCGUCGCGCGGUGCGCUGUACGUGGACGGGCUGUUGGUGCAGACGGCGCUGGGGCUGUGCGUGUCGGUGGAGGGCGGUGUUGCGGCCAUUGGCGGCUCCGUUGUGGCGUUUGUUGACAGCGACUUCCUGCUGUGCAAGCACGCGGUGUCUGUGCGUGGGGCUGUGAGCGUGUCGGGCUCCGCUGUGGCGCUUGUGCGGAGCGACUUUUUGUUGACGGAGGACUACGCGGUGGCGUUUUAUUCGACGGUGAGGCUGGCCGACGGGUCGAUGCUGCUGGCGAAGGGCAACGUGCACGACGGCGUCUCGAGGGAGAUGCUCCACGCGGCUGGCGCCGUGACCGCUGCUGGGAGCACGCUGAGCUUUGUGCGCAACCGAGCGCUGCUGCCGCGGAUGCUAUCGCUGAGCCUGUCGCUUGCGGCUGGGGCGCAUGUGAGGGUGGCGUGCAACGACGCAGGUGGACGAGUCCUGUCGACGGCGGAGGAGUACGCAGCGGCUGGAUUUGGCGAUGCUGGGAGCAUCGACGUUGUUGGGUGCGACGCCUGCGACAGGGACACGCACUGCUACGCGCCCGGGACUGCGUCGGCGAGCAUGAAGGACGGUGUGUGCGUGUGCGAGUGCGGCAGCGGUGGGUACGGCGAGGCGUGCGUGCCUGUGGGAGCUCCUGCGCUGCCGCCCGCUGUGGGCACCGCGUCGAGUGUGUUUUUCCGCGAGGGCGUGACGGUGCGGUCAGUGUUCGUUGUGCCUGCCGGCGCAAGCGAGGUGACGCUGCGCCACGUUGUGCUGGACGGCGUGAGUCCUUUGCUCUACGUGCCGUGGAUGGCGCGGGACGGCGUGCGGAUCGUUGUGCAGAACGUGUCGCUGCUGAACGGUGCCGUGCUGUGCGUGAUGGGCGGCGGGGCGUUGCGCGGUGCGCGUGCGGCGGGGAGCGACGAGAGCGGGCCGGUGGAGCUGUCGGUGUGCGAUGUGGAGGCGCUGAACGGUGCGCUUGUGCUGACCGGCACGUUCCCUGCGGGGUCCGUGCUGACGGUGACGGACUCCCUGCUGGUCGCCGCGAGGCCGACGCCGCUUGUGUAUCUUUCCGGCUCGGAGUCCUCGCCGUACGCACCGGUGCUUGUGCUGUCGGGCCUGCGGCUUGUGCGUUCCGUGCUGAUUGUGUCCGGCGUGGCCCUCGUGACCGUGAUGACUGGUGGGCGGACGGUGGUGGUGGACGGCGCCGUGCUGGAGCUUGUCGGUGGCGGUGUUGCGCUGGACGCGGCUGUGUUCGGUGGCGAAUAUGCGUUGUACGCUAGUGCGCGCGUGGUUGCGUCGGGGGGCGCUGUGCUGCGCUUGUCGGGGAGCCAGGUGUACGCCGCGCACGGGUUGGUGUUUGGCAGCGGUGUGGAGGCCAGCGCGUCCGCCGUCGUAGUGAACGACAACGCCGGUGCGCUGACCGAUGGCGCGCUGCUGGUGCUGCGGGGGUCGGCGUCGUUCGUGUCCGGGUCGUGGCUGUCGGUGCGCGGCAACAACAUCAGCGGCAGGCUCCUGUCGGUGCCGCCGUACCCGCGCGGUGCGGAUCUCGCGCAGAGCACACUGACGCUCCACGGGAACGCCGGCAGCGGGCUCGUCGUGAUGGACGGCACCGUUGCGCUCGGGGGCACCGGCCGGAAGUUCGUUGUGGGGUGCCUGACGCUCAAUGGGCAGGCACUGCGGCCUAUGGACUACAGGUCCGCCGGCAUCAUCGGGGAAUUCCGCCCCGUGGCGUGUGGCGUGUGCGACGCCGACGUGCGCUGCUUUGCUGCUGCGACGAGGGCGAUGUCGGGGUCGUGCGGCUGCCGCUGUGCUGAGGGCGGGUACGGGCGCGACUGCCUGCCGGUGUACCUGCCGCACGUGGACGGGUGCAACCGCACGCCCGGCAUGCCGCUGCUGAGUCGCACGGCGACGCUGACGGAGACGCGCAGCCCGACGAUGACGCCAGCGUGGACGCCGCACUACAGUCCGACGCAGUACGGGCCGACGGAGACGCUGCAGGUGACGGAGACGGUGGCGCUGCCGCCCACGCGGACCCCGACGGCGUCGGUGAGCAGCACGCUGUGGUGGAGCGACGUGGCGUGCCCGACGCUCGCCGUGACGACGACGGCGGCUGGAGGGAGCCUGACGCAGAACGACAUCCGCGGCGGUGGGAGCGUUGUCCCGACGCUGCUGAUGGUGGCGCUGCCGCCGCCGUUUCGUUGGGCACGCGACCCGCAACUCGGCACGCAUCUGAGCUUCGUGCCGGUGUCGACGGCGCAGCCGAGCGGGUUCGGUGGUCCGUGGGGAGCGAUGCUGAGCAACGCGACGUGGGUGCGCAACGCGACGAAUCCGUCCACUGUCCUGGAGCUGGCUGUGCCCGUGCACCGCGGUUACUUCAUUGCUGCCGACGAGACGAUAGUCAUUCGCUGCGACGCUGCGGCAGUGUCUGGCGGCUGCAAGGGUGUGCUGCUUGGGUCCUUCACGAUCAGGUCUGACACGCUGCCCGCCGCUGCCGGCGCCCUCUCGGCGAUUACCGGCGUUGUUGCGGGUGCGACGGCUGUUGCCGUGGUGGUGACCGGCGGGCUGGGCUCCGUCCUGGAGAUGCAGGCACUCGGCGUGUUUGCGAGGAUGUCAUGCGCCUCGGCGCAGGAGCGUGCGAGCACCGUUGCGCUGCCGUACUUCCUGUCGGUGUUUGCUGCCCUUGAUCCGCUGUGGAUGGUGGUGGGCAACGCGCUGCUCGCCGCUGUGUUCGGGUGCGUGCACU